GCCUGACGCGCAGAUAGUGGACUCAAUCCAUGACCAAGGAACCCCCAACCGCAAAAACAUAUACUUUCUGUAAAAUGUGAGGUUUCACGACUUAGUGUGAUCAUUUGAAAAUGUAACUACUUAUUUGAAUGUAAUUUCACGCGUUUGUCAUUGUUUCGUUUUUUUUCCUGGAGAUGGGGUGCGCAAUAUCAGGCUUGGUACCAAAACAAGUCGGGGACGUGAUUGACGAUGUCCCCAUUGUGCAGCUAACUGACGAGCACAGGGAGAUAAUCAAAGAGACGUGGAAAGUCAUCCAAGAGAACAUCGCGAAAGUUGGCAUUAUUAUGUUUGUUGGGUUGUUUGAGACCCAUCCAGAAUGCAAAGACGUUUUCUUCCUGUUUCGAGACGUGGAAGACCUGGAGAGGCUGCGGAACAACAAGGAGCUACAAACUCACGGCCUACGGAUAAUGCACUUCAUUGAGAAAAGCGUGGCCAGACUUAAUCAGAUGGAACGACUGGACCAACUGAUCCUAGAUCUGGGCAAAAGCCACUAUCGUUACAACUCCCCUCCGAAGUACUACAUGUACGUGGGGGCAGAGUUUAUUCGAGCCGUCCAGCCAAUCCUGAAGGACAACUGGACCUCAGAAGUGGAGGAGGCUUGGAAGACAUUGUUCCUGUACAUCACCAGUAUCAUGAAGCAAGGCUAUGUGGAAGAGGAGAAGAACCAGAGGAACACCAUGGCCAACACCAGGAGAGAGAGACCAGAGAAGAGGCUCAAUGUCAUCUAGGAGCAGCCUACUCUCCAGUCAACUUGUACAGUGAAUUCGGGAAGUAUUCACAUCCCUGGCCUUUUUCCACAUUGUGUUUCGUUACAGCCUUAUUCUACAAUGGAUGAAAUAAAUAAAAACACAUCAAUCUGCAAACAAUAACCCAUAAGGACAAGGCAGAAACCGGUUUAGAACUUUGAAAAUGUAUUUAAUAAAACAGAAAUACCUUUACAUAAGUAUUCAGACCCUUUGCUACGAGACUCGAAAUUGAGCUCAGGUGCAUCCUGUUUCCAUUGAUCAUCCUUGAGAUGCUUCUACAAAUUGAAGUCCACCUGUGGUACAUUCAAUUGAUUGGACAUGAUUUGGAAAGACACACACCUGUCUAUAUAAGUUCCCACAGUUGACAGUGCAUGUCAGAGCAAAAACCAAGCCAUGAGGUCGAAGGAAUUGUCCGUUGAGCUCCGAGACAGGACUGUCCUUAGGCACAGAUCUGGGGAAGGGUACCAAAAAAGCUUUAAAGGUCCCCAAGAACACAGUGGCCUCCAUCAUUCUUUAAUGGAAGAAGUUUGGAACCACCAGGAUUCUUUGUAGAGAUGACUGCCCGGCCAAACUGAGCAAUCGGGGGAGAAGGGCCUUAGUCUGGGAGGUGACCAAGAAACCUGAUGGUCACUCUGACAGAGCUCCAGAGUUCCUCUGUGGAGAUGGGAGAACCUUCCAGAAGGACAACCAUCUCUGCAGCACCUUAAAGGCACCUUAAAGCAAGCUUCUCUGGUCUGAUGAAACCAAGCAUGUCUGGAGGAAACCUGGCAACAUCCCUACGGUGAAGCAUGAUAGUGACAGCAUCGUGCUGUGGUUAUUUUUUCAGCGGUAGAGACUGGAUGACUAGCCAGGAUCGAGGGAAAGAUGAACGGAGCAAAGUACAGAGAGAUCCUUGAUGAAAACCUGCUCCAGAGCGCUCAGGACCUCAAGACUGGGGCGAAGGUUCGCCUUCCAACAGGACAACAACCCUAAGCACACACAAGUCUCUGAUUGUCCUUGAGUGGUUCAGCCAGAGCCCGGACUUGAACCCAAUCGAACAUCUGUGGAGACACGUGAAAAUAGCUGUGCAGCAACGUUCCCCAUCCAACCUGACAGAGCUUGAGAGGAUCUGCAGAGAGGAAUGGGAGAAACUCCCCAAAUACAGCUGUGCAAGCUUGUAGUGUCAUAACCAAGAACAAGGGUGUAAUUGCUGCCAAAGGUGCUUCAACAAAGUACUGAGUAAAGGGUCUGAAUACUUAUGUAAAUGUGUUUUUUUUAUAUAUUUUUUUAUAAAUUUGCAAAACAUUCUAUGGGCUAUUGUGUGUAGAUUGAUGAGGGUGGAAAAAACGAUUGAAUCCAUUUUAAAACAAAGCUGUAAAGUAACAAAAAGUCAAGGGGUCUGAAUACUUUCCGAAUGCACUGUAUAUGGAUUCAUUAAGACUCAAGUAAAGCAUAGGCCAACGCUACCAGGGUCGUAUUCAUUAGGGCAUCCAACAGAAAAUGUUUUGAAAUGUUUCGCAAUGAAAAAUUAAAAUGAGUGUUUCCUAUUGGACAAGUCCCAGGAAAUCCCUGCAUAUUUCAGUCCGUUUUCUUCCAUUUUCUGCCUAAUGAAUAUUACCCAGAUGUCUGCUAGAUGGUGCGUUCAAGACAACUGGGAAUGAAUAAAAAACAAGCUCAGACUGGGAAAAUUUGUGACGUCAGUGAUCUUCAGGUUGGAGAAGUCAGAGCUCUAUGAUGAUAAUUCCGAUUGGAUGCCUUGGGUGUCUGAGAGAUUAUAGCCUCUAAUUAUUUAACCAUGAAUGUGCACUUUUCAAAAUAUAUCUCCAGUCAACGUUGUUGCUAGCACGUGCACCAAAAUAUAGAGUACCCUCUGGGUUAACUUGGUUUGAGUUUACGAAAACAGAUUUAAUACGACUACGAGUGUCAUCCCAGAUGAGGAAUUAGACACUAUUUCGGAGCACGUGUAAUGUUUGCCAAAGUACAAAGUAAUUACACACGCACUCUACACACACACACACACAUGGAUUUUGUAUUGUAGAUAUGUGAUAGUAGAGUAGUGGCAUGAGGGCACCCACUUAAUGUGUUGUGAAAAGUGUUAUGAAAUGUAAAUGUCAUGUAAUAUUUGUAAUUGUAUAGAACUGCCUUAAUGUUGCUGCACCCCAGGAAGAGAAUGGGAUCCUUAAUCAAUACAAAUCACUAGUUGUUACACAGGAGUUAGCUAGUUAAAAUGAAGUGUAUCUUGAGGAGUAAUCACUUGUAAUUAAUGUGUACGUAUACAGUACAUUAGCCGUUCUGACAACCUUGCCAUCAUUUUUUACCUUUCUGGAAGUGCCAUCCAAGUCAGACAAACACACUAGUGCACCAUAGAGUACAUUAUUUUCUUUAGAACUAUAGAGGAGGAGAAGUAAAAGUAGAAAACUACUUAAGUAGUGCCUAAAGAUUUGUGUAAUUUCAGCCAGUAGUUUUGAAAGUGCUCAGGAGCCAAAAAGUGGUUCCCGUUAUUUGUGCCCUACGUCAUCAAAUUGUGCCCUACGUCAUCAAUGUCGUAUAUGUUACGUCCUGCAAAAAAUAAAUAAUAAUAAUUGUGUUUGUGCAAUGAGUAUAAGUCAUAAAUCCAAUUUGUGCUAUACUGUAUGUUAUACAUUUGUUGUGCUUAAGAUCCUGUAGUGCAUUUUUAUGUCCCCGGUACUUUAGUUUACACCACUGCCGAUAGCAUCCAAACACCAUGUUGCAGCCUGCAUAAACAUGAUAUGCGUUA